AUGUGCUUCGCAAAAGAACUUUCUUUACCAUCCUUAAUUCUCUCUCAUAGUGCAUCUGGUAUUCAAGCUAUAAUUGGACACAGUCGAUCGCCUAUUGUACAAGAAAUCCAUUUUCUACUUUCUCAAUUUCAAAACAAUAAUAGACUACAUUUCAAAUGGAUUAAAGCACACAUCGGUAAUAGUGGUAACCAGCUCGCAGACGAACUAGCAAAAGAGGCUGCAAACAAUUCUUCCCUUCCAAAUUACUCAAUUCCAUAUCCAAUAUUAUUACUAAAAACAAAAUUAGAAACAGAAUUAAUGCACUUAUGGAAGCAAACCUGGACUGAAGCAACUACCGGCAGAAGAACUUUUACUUUCAUAUCAAAACCUUCAAGAUCAUUAAUAUCUACCAACCGUUCAAUUACAUUUUUCCUAACAGCUCAUGGUCCAUUUCCAGAAUACCUUCAUAGAUUCGGACUUCACCAUACAAAUCUCUGUACCUGUGGGAAUGAAGGCACAAUAGAUCAUUAUCUCUUUCACUGCAACCUUACUAAAGAUUAUCACCUUAAAGCAUACAAUUUAACUUCCGCUCAGUUAUGGUUUCAACAGUUAUUAAAAA